AUGGAUUGCAUGGCUAAGGUUGGUCUUGUCAAGGCCAUGGGUGUACUAUUCCAAGAUGUUUCCAGAGAUCUCCAGAUGGAUUCCACUGACUUUGGAAUCGCCCUUGGACUUUUACUCUCCGUCGGUAGCAUAGCAAGCCCCAUCGUCAUAGCGCUGUAUAACAGAUGUCCUCAUCCCCGUCUCUUCAUGUUACUUGGUGCUGUGAUGAGUCCGUGCUGCAUUAUUCUUGCAUCGUUUACCAACACGAAGGCUGUAUUACAAGUCGGAUUUACCGUUUCUGGAUUGGGGCACAGCAUGGUCCGAAUGCCUUGCCUUGUGGCAUUGAAUCGACUUGCAGGUGACAACUUCAACAUCUUCUACAGCCUUGCAUCUUGCGGACACGCUCUGGGAAUGGUAUUCUACCCUUUCAUGGCAGAAGAGCUGCUAACUGCUUACGGAUGGAGGGGGGCUCUUGUGAUUCUGGCAGGCCUCAUGUUUCAUGAGGUCCCUUGCCUGAUGACCAUUCAGAUGCCCUCGAAGGAUAUUCCUUCGAAAGAUGGAGAAGGAUUGCGAGACAGUGAUCGAGACAAGCUCUUAGCUCCCUUGGUUGAAGAGCCCGAAAAUGAAUCUGAUAUCCCUAUCGACAAGUCGCGCAACGCCGUGCAUGGACACUCGCCUCUCAGUAGUAUAGCCGAUGUAACGCAGAUUCUCCUGAAGUGGUUUCGCAGUACCAUGAUAUAUUUGGACCCAAUAUCUCUUUUCAUCUUCCUAUCACAUACUUCGAUGGUGUUUGUGUACAGUGGAUGGCUCUCAUUCCUUGUUCCACACGCCCUCCAGAGAGAACUUUCUAGCCAUAACAUCAUUCUUUUGACAUUCUGUGCUGCCGUUGGAAGCAUCUCUGCAAGAGUCUCUGUGGGUUUCCUCACCCAUAGGCUGAUCCGUCCCAUUGACAUGGUUCUUAUCUUGAGCAUCAUGAAUACAGUUGUUAUGGUGACUGAUGUGUAUAUUCCGAACCUGAUUGUCAUGUUGAUAUCAUCGUUUUGUUCAUCGGUUAGUUUCGCAGGAAGAGGUACCCUGGGGCACUUGGUGAUCAAGGCACGGGUCUCAGCUGAUCACCUGGCGAUGUCUUUGGCUUUCCUGGAAGUCGUUGCUGGUUCAGCAGUGUACUUUAGUGGAUUCAUAGCAGGAUUUACGGCUGACACGUUUUCAUCAUAUGACGCGUCGUUCAAGCUCCUUGCCAUCGUCGAUGUCUUCACCUUUUUCCUCAUGUUACCCGUCAAAAUAGUAAAGAGACGAGAAACCUCCUCGUGCGAGCUGAAAUGA